AUGAUCGAGUCAAUCGACAAGUUCUCAGGAGAAGACCCCGAUUUGUACCCCGAAUUCAUAAACCAAUUCGAUGAACAGGUACACCACAACGGGUUCUACACGGCGGCAACGAAGUACUGCAUUCUAAAAAAAUGUCUGACAGGAGAAGCGCGGAAGUUGGUGACCACCUCUUGACGAAAGUUCGCUAUCUAAUAUCAAAUAUCAAAUAUCAAUCAAGAAUCGAACGGCUCCCCUCCAUCACUUGGAACUGUCCUGACCAUCUGCAACAAAUUUUGAAGAACCUUCAGUGAGUCUAUCUUUUCUGAGAACGAUCUAGAGAGGGAUUGUAAACCAAUGCAUUCCCGUACACGGUAUACCACUCCUUCCCAAACUCUAUCUUCGCAUCUUCUUUUCCCGGUUUACAGCCUCCUUCCCCAUACCCCCUUUUCUGAAAAGUGCAGACUGGGUGGCCGUCAUUGCCAGUCGUAAAACUCGCGGAAAUGUCCGAAUAGUCAUCACAUUUGUGCGGGGGUCAGUGGGCGUGGUCUGUGCUCUUCCGAGUCGCGCACAGAGCUCAUUCAUUCGGUCGUUUCUCUUCAUUUCGCUCUUGUUCUCUAUCUGAAGUGAUGCCAAUUUCAUCAAUUUUCUUGCUCUUUUCUCAUUCUCCGUUCAAUUCUCUAUUCAUUCUGUACCACUGAAGUCUCUAAGGACCGUCAUGUACCUCUUACUAUGUCCUUUCAUGAUUCCAUAUUCUUUAACGUUUCCAUCACUUGUCAAAAUGUCUUGAGACUACUUUCAAACAUUUCCACAUAAGGUGAUUCACCAAUUUUGUCAAACUUUUACGGUUUUCUCGAAACAGAAAGACGUGGUUUUCAGGGAAUCGUAACAAAUGAGAACUUUGAUAAGUGAAGGAGCUUUACGUUUUUUCCUUUUCCACCAAAUUCUAUCGCAAAAAGUGGCCUACCAUUUGAGAACGAUUGCUCCCUGUAUACCACUCUUUCCCAAACUCUAUUUUCGCCUCUUCUUUUCCCGGUUUACAGCCCCUUCCCCCCUAAUCCCUUUUCUGAAAUGUGCAGACUGGGUGGUCGUCAUUGCCAGUCGUAAAACUCGCGGAAAUGUCCGAAUAGUCAUCACAUUUGUGCGGGGGUCAGUGGGCGUGGUCUGUGCUCUUCCGAGUCGCGCACAGAGCUCAUUCAUUCGGUCGUUUCUCUUCAUUUCGCUCUUGUUCUCUAUCUGAAGUGAUGCCAAUUUCAAUCGAUUUUCUUCCUCUUCCCUCAUUCUCCAUUCUUGCUGAAGUCCGUUACCUCCGACUAGUCCUUUCACGAUUCCAUAUCAUUCUUGUCGGCUUUUACACCUUCUCUAUCAAUUUCCAUUCGAUUUUCGAUAUAACUGCGUCGUCAAACUUGUGAAUCCGUCAUGUACAUCUGUAAUCAUGCACUUUUAUGAUCAUGUACCUCUGCAACUUUGUAUGACAUGAAUUUGAAACUUUGAUUUCAAAGUGUUCCUUCCAGAACAGUCAGCGAGGGACUAAUCGUGAACAACAACGAGAACAUCGGUCAGCAAGGACGGAAAUGUUGAAUUGUUCUUGUUAUUGGGUGGUCGCUGAUUGACCGCUAAAGGUUGAUGAUUUGAGUGACUAGCAAUCAUUUCAAAUUAUCAAAAAACCAAAACUUACUGGUUGUUACCUAGAAACAUUUCUUUCGAUCUCUACCAACUUCAAGGUCUUUUUGUGAAUCAUUCUCGGUCAAACACUGCAAAACUGAACUAUUAGAAGAGCAUUAUUUCGAACUUAUUGACCUCAAAAACCUUUCCGAGAUAGUUUGAAGCGGUAAUCAGCGGCCAUCAUUCCGAUUUGUUGCUAAUGAACGUGAUAAACACUUCUUUGUCACAAAACUGUUUGAUGAAACACGUUUUUGAUGGAAAAUGUGAACUUUUCACGUUCAUUUCAGGUUUUUUGCUGGGGAAUGUUCGAAUCUUACUCAUUUCAAGUCAAGAAGACUUGAAGUCGACGGAAUUGUUUCAGAUGUUGUGUUCCAGCCCUCGAAGUGAUUGUCAUCUCGUGUCUGAUCAUUUCCUCGCCUUGUGCGGUGAAUCAUGGGGAAGUGCUCUGAAAUUAUGUUUUUCUGGUCUAACAAUUGUUCUUCAUUACACUACUCACCUGACGGAACCUAAAAUGUCAGUGGACUGUGAUAGAUUGCUGAAAAUGUCAUUUGGAAUGAAUGAUCUGAAUGAAAUGGGCUCAGCAAUAGGGAUUUCUGAAAUUCGGCUUCAUGAAUGCAUUCGGUCACUCUGUUUUCAUAAAACCUCGGCUUCUUCUUUGAUUUUCCAACUUUUCUGCUCUUCUUCUCUUUCUGUACCUUUCUUUCUGUUCCUCUCUUUAUCACUAUAAUCAAAUACUCAACUACUGUUUUUCAGAUUCAUCUUAUCUCCUCAACAACAAUUGCAAUAAUGUCUGCUUCCAGCUCUACCACCCAGGUUUUCGGAAUCUCCCAGGCGAUUAGUGUGGCCAAGCCAACCGCUCAGGAUCUGGAGCUCACGAAAAUGAUGAUGAAGACGUUGGAAGACAUGAAGAGCUUCGAGCCGAAAGAAGAAACAAAGAAGAGACAGGAGGUGAUGGGCAAGCUGAAUGGACUCGUGAAGAAGUGGAUCGGGGCCCUGGCCGAGGUACGAAUGCCGUCGGAAGAAGGAUUCGUGCCAGGAGGUAAGCUUCUUGCAUUCGGGUCUUUCAGACUGGGAGUGCACAGCAGUGGCGGGGACAUUGACACGGUCCUGGUCGCGCCGAGUUUCGUGACCAGGGCCGAUUUUUUCAGCUCAUUCAAGAAGAUGCUCAAGGAGGAUUCGGAAGUGACGGAGCUCAACGCAGUGGUGGACGCAUUCGUCCCGAUCAUGACGCUGAAGUGCAUGGGAGUGGAGGUGGACCUCCUGUUCGCCCGUCUGAUGCUGAAGGAAGUGCCAGAAUCCCUGGAUCUUUCUGAUGACGCACUGCUGGCGAACAUGGACGUGAAGUGCAUUCGAUCGCUGAAUGGAAGUCGGGUAGCUGAAAAGAUUCUCAGGUUAGUUCCAAAUCAAAACACUUUCUGCACCGCCCUUCGUGCAAUCAAAAUGUGGGCCAAAAACCAUGGGGUCUACUCGAAUUCGCUGGGCUUCCUGGGUGGGAUCACUUGGGCUAUAAUGGUGGCCCGUACCUGCCAGCUCUACCCCAACGCGGCGCCAUCCAAAAUCAUCGAGAAGACGUUCUUCGUCUUCUCCACGUGGAACUGGCCGGCUCCGGUCGUUCUGGACCGUAUGAGCACGGCGGCCUUUCCGUCCGUGGCUCGAUUGGUCUGGAAUCCGAGCGUCAACCACGCCGACUCAUACCACUUGAUGCCGGUGUUGACUCCGGCGUUCCCGGAGCAAAAUUCAACUUUUAAUGUGUCUAAAAGCACCUUGACGGUGAUUCAGGAGGAAAUGAAGGCAGCUAUGGCUGUCUGCACGGAGAUUCAGAAAGGUAAGGCCCAGUGGGAAGAGUUGUUUGCGCCGGUGAACUUCUUCUGCCGGUACAAGCACUUCAUGGUGCUUGUCAUGGCGGCGGAGACUGAGGAAGAGGAGCUCACUUACUUGGGCUUCUUCGAAUCGCGUCUCCGUCAGAUUGUGCAGCAGUUGGAGCGGAAUCCGGCGGUGAGAUUGGCUCACAUCCAUGCCCGACAGUACAAGCCGAGCAAGUCGGCCAAAUUUGGAGUGAGGGAGGAGAACAACCGUCGGACGUGCUGGUUUAUUGGACUUCAAUUGGCUGAAAACGUCAAGUAAGUUAAUAACUCUUCAUAUUUUUAGUAAACUUAUCUCAUUUUCAGAUCGUUGGAUUUGACGCAGGAGGCCGAGCGGUUCAAGAAGAACUUGGCAAAACAGGCGACGAUCGGGAAGGCCAUUGCAGAGAGGAAUCGUGUGGAAAUCGACGCCGUCUACACGAAGAGGUCGACUUUGGUGAAGUUCGUGGCGGCAAGGGAACUGACGGUCGGGAUGGACGCGAGCAAAAAGAAGAAGAGACUGCUGGAAGAGACCGCGGCCGGCGGGACCGUCGGAAAGAAACCGCGCGAAAACUAA